AUGUCUGCACCCAUGACAUCCCGACUCCUCCGCCAGACUGCCCGAGCAGCAUCGCAACAGCUCACACGACGUACCGCCUCAGUCUUACCAGCAACACACCGCCUCUUAUCUCCAUCAAUCUCACAUACCGCAGCUGUCAGAUCACUGUCAACAUCACAGCGAUGGACCGCAGGUUUGAUGCCAGACACCCACGAACCUAAAGCACCCGACAACGACGAGCAGAGCCCCCAGAAUGAAGUACUACCUGCCGCGGUGAACGAGGACGAGUAUCAUGAGCAUGCGGAUCGGUAUAUGAACAUCCUGCACGAGCGGGCAGAGGAAUUGCAAGAGGAGAGGAAUGAUGUCGAGGUGGAAUAUGCCGCAGGCGUCCUCUCCAUCACUCUCCCACCAGCAGGGACCUACAUAAUCAACAAACAACCACCCAACAAACAAAUCUGGCUCUCAUCGCCCAUCUCCGGCCCGAAGAGAUUCGACUGGGUGAUUUCGGGGGAGAGUAUGCAUGAGAAGGCUGAUGGUGGGAUUGGGGAUUGGGUGUAUGUUCGGGAUGGCACGAGUUUGACUGAGUUGUUGAGGAAGGAGGUCGGGGUUAGUAUUGAUAUUGAUCCUGAGGCGGAGGCGGUUAAGAAGGUGUCUACUGAUCCGGUGGAGUGA